AUGGCUAGGAGGCCCUCAGCCAUUGGCGGCCUCCCAGCCGGCCUCCACAAGGAGGCCACGCGGAUGCUGAGGCCCCAGAAGCUUCGGGCUUUUAGGUCAGGUGGACAACCUGCUGCCCCGACGGCUUCGGCCUGGAACCUCCCAGGAGGGCCCCGACUCCCUGUCCAGGGCCGGCCUCCGCCUUCUCUGCAAAGACCAGACUUGGAGGCACAGCGCCUGGGUGUGCGGGAGAGGCCGGCUUCCUUCCAGGCUCCGGCCUCCUGCAGCCUCCAGCCUCUCCCAGGCUCGGCUCAAAGGCCUCCCCGAGUGGCUGGGGCUCUCUUGAGCGGGGCUGAGCAGGAUGUCCAAAUCGUCUUUGAGUCCGACAGUUUCCCGCUGGUGGAGCUGGGGCAGCACCAGGCCGCAGAGGCCUGGGACUUCGUCCUGGUGUCGGACCUUCAGAAGACCAACCCCAACCGGGACUAUCGCCGGAAGCGAUUCCUGGACGAGCUCAAGCGUUCGGGCUUCACCAUCAAGGAAAUCGAAGACAGGAAGAAGAUGUUCUACGGCAUCAGGGCUCACAGCAGGAUCUUCAGCCAAUACGGGUUGCUGCUGAAGGAGACCAGCUGCGCCCCCCCCAGGGCCCUGCCGCGGGGGCCCGUGUACCCCGUCACCGACCGGAUUCGCAUCGUCUACUUCGUCCUGCGGAAGAAGGAGGUAGACGGGGAGAAGUUCGAAGACCUGAUGAGAGACCACGUGUUUGAGGCCAUGUUUCCUCUCCACGAGAGGGAAGAGUUUCUGCAGAAUAACUGGGCCCGCUGGAGCGGCAUCUUCCACAAGCAGCCCAUUGACAGGAUCAGGGACUACUUCGGGGAGAAGGUGGCCUUGUACUUUGCCUGGCUGGGCUGGUACACCGUGAUGCUGGUGCCCGCGGCCGGGGCCGGGCUCCUCGUCUUCCUCAGCGGCUUCUCCCUCUUUGACGCCAGCCAGAUCAGCAAAGAGGUCUGCGAGGCCAGAGACGUCAUCAUGUGCCCGCUGCAAGACCACCAGCGCAAGUACUGGAGACUGUCGGAGAUCUGUACCUUCGCCAAGCUCACCCACCUCUUUGACAACGAGGGCACCGUGUUCAUCGCCAUCUUCAUGGCCCUGUGGGCCACCGUGUUUCUGGAGUUCUGGAAGCGGGAACGGGCCCGGACGGCCUCCAGCUGGAACCUCUACGGGUGGGACGAGGACCAGGAGGAGCUGGCCCUGGAGCUGAUCAACAACCCGGCCUACCAGCUGCAGAAGCACCAGCACUCCUACCUGCACAGCAGCGCCAUCCUCAUCUUCUCCCUGGUCAUGAUCUGCCUGAUGAUCGGCAUGGCCCACGUCCUGGUGGUCUACCGCGUCAUGGCCACCUUCCUGUUCAGCCACUCGGCCCUGCCCUCCCACCCUGCACUUCCCCAGGUGAACCGGAAGGUGGCUUUGAAGCUGUGCGACUUUGAGAAGCCGCGGACCUUCUCGGAGCGGGAGAGCAACUUCACCAUCAAGUUCUUCACGUUCCAGUUCUUCGCCCACUUCUCUUCCCUCUUCUACGUCGCCUUCUUCCUGGGCAGGAUAAACGGGCACCCGGGGAACCAAGUCCGGAUCGGUGGCCAGUGGAGGCUGGAAGAGUGCCACCCGAGCGGCUGCAUGAUGGACUUGUUUGUGCAAAUGGCCAUCAUCAUGGGCCUGAAGCAGACCCUCAGCAACUGCGUGGAGUACCUGAGCCCGUGGCUGAAGCACCGCUUCAGGAGGGUCCGAGAGUGCCCCCAGGCCAGGAGGCUGCGAGAGCCGGCCCUGGAGGAAUGGCUGCACGACUACUGCCUCAACGAGGUCAACGUCUUCAGCCUGUUUGACGAGUUCAUGGAGAUGAUGAUCCAGUACGGCUUCACCACCAUCUUCGUGGCGGCCUUCCCUCUGGCCCCGCUCCUGGCGCUCUUUAGCAACCUCAUCGAGAUCCGCCUGGACGCCAUCAAGAUGGUGCGGCUCCAGCGCCGCCUGGUACCGCGGAAGGCCAAGGACAUCGGGACCUGGCUGCAGGUGCUCGAGGCCAUCGGGGUGCUGGCGGUCAUCGCCAACGGGAUGAUCAUCGCCUUCACGUCGGAGUUCAUCCCGCGGCUCGUGUACAAGUACCUGUACGGGCCGUGCAGCAGGGCGGGCAACGUGACGGCCGACUGUCUGACCGGAUACAUCAACCACAGCCUCUCCGUGUUCCACACCACAGACUACAAGGACCAGGUUCCGAGCCUGGGACUAGAGAACGUGACCGAGUGCAGGUACCGGGACUACCGAGACCAGGUGGAAUACAAGCUCUCGGCCCACUUCUGGUUUCUCCUGGCCUGCAGGCUGGCCUUCGUCAUUCUCUUUGAGCACGUGGCCCUGUGCGGGAAGCUCAUCGCCGCCUGGUUCGUCCCGGAUGUCCCCCAGUCGGUGAAAAACAAAGUCCUGGAGGAAAAAUUUGAGAAUCUCUGUGAGAAACUGCGCCUUAGCUCGAGAGUCACCGACGUGUAAAGGCCGCAACAAGGGUCAAAAGCACCUAAAGGUGCCCGAAGCAGCCACUGCCCGCUGCGGAUGCCGUACGAGCUCGUGAAGCCUCCCCUUGGGGGCCUGGGAAAUGGGCCAGCGAUGGGGAGGCUGCAG